CAUUUCAGCACUAGUGCUUUCCCGCUCAGCUGUGGUGGAGGGUUGGGGGGUACAGAGUGUAAGUAGUGGGGGGCCACAGUUUCAGGUGUGCGCCUGCCUACAACGCACUCUUGGUGGGUGAAGGUGCCGCCCCUUGCCCCUUGCUCUCUUUCCUCCUGUCCCUGCUUACCCGGUAAAACCACGAGUUAGGUUGCGUCAGCCAGGUCUCAACCUUCGGGGCUGUGCGUCCGCCUUCCACUCGACCACCUAGUUGAUCCCGGUAUGGCCCGCCGAGUCGAGCCCCCAGAUGGGGGCUGGGGAUGGAUCGUGGUUCUUUCAGCCUUUUUCCAGUCCGCUCUGGUGUUUGGGGUGCUGAAAUCUUUCGGCGUCUUCUUCUUGGAGUUCAUGGCAGCUUUCGAAGAGCCAGCGGCACGGGUCUCUUGGAUCACCUCGAUUGGGAUAGCGGUGCAGCAGUUUGGGAGCCCUGUGGGCAGUGCCCUGAGUACACGGUUUGGCCCCCGGCCUGUGGUGAUGGCAGGGGGUAUCUUGGCUGCCCUGGGAAUGAUGUUGGCCUCAUUUGCGACCUCCUUGACGCAUCUCUACCUUAGCAUCGGCCUGAUCUCGGGCUCUGGCUGGGCCCUGACCUUCACCCCUACCCUGGCCUGUCUCUCCAGAUAUUUUUCUCGGAGGCGUUCACUGGCCACAGGAUUAGCAUUGACUGGCAUAGGUCUCUCUUCCUUUGCCUUUGCUCCAUUCUUCCAGUGGCUUAUCACCUAUUAUGCAUGGCGAGGUGCCCUUCUCUUGGUAGCUGCUCUCUCCUUACACCUCUUGGCCUGUGGGGCCCUCCUUCGCCCCCUCAGACUGGCAGAAGACCCUUCUGUGGGAGGCCCGAUGGCUCAGCUGACCUCUCUGCUCUGCCAUGGCCCCUUCCUAUGUUAUACCACUGCCCUCACUCUAAUCAAUGCUGGGUACUUUAUCCCCUACGUUCACCUUGUGGCACAUACCCAGGACUUGGGAUGGGAUCCCCUGCCUGCAGCCUUCCUCCUGUCUUUGGUGGCUGUGGCAGAUCUGUUAGGGCGCGUGUUCUCUGGGUGGCUGGGGGAUAUAUGCCCAGGGCCUAUGGCCCGGCAGCUGGCACUGUGGUCUUUUCUGACAGGGAUGGCAUUAGCCCUGCUCCCUGUGGCACAGGAACCCUCAGUCCUCAUGGCCCUGGUUGUGGUCUAUGGUUUUACUGCAGGGGCCUUGACCCCUGUGGCUUUCUCAGUCCUGCCUGAACUUGUUGGAAUUGGAAGAAUAUACAGCGGCCUAGGGCUCUUACAACUGGUAGAGAGCACCGGGGGACUUUUGGGGGCACCAUUGUCAGGCUAUCUCCGAGAUUUGACCGGCAGCUACACAGUUUCCUUUGUAGUGGCUGGAGCCUUCCUUCUCAGUGGGAGCCUGAUACUCCUUACCCUCCCUGGUUUCUUCUCCUGCUUCUUCCUGCCUUCUGCCACAGAACAGAAUUCUGGGAGAAAAUCAUUGGAAGUCAAAGUCUCUCUCCAAAGUGCUGAGUAUAGAGAAGGAAGCCCAGAGGCCCAAGAGCCCUAACUUAGAUCAGGUUCCAGCAUCUCCUCACCUUCACUUUCUCUCCAUGACCUUAGUUAUUUAUAUCUGCCUCUCUGGGCCUGCUUAGGAGUUGAUGAUAUGUCCAAGAUUUUGUGUUUCUUAAGCUCCCUUUUGUUGCUUUGUGAUAAUUCUUCUCUCCUUCCUUUCCACCCUCCUGUUGUCUCCAAGGCUCAAAAGACCACAUGAGUUCAGAACCCUUUACUGUUUUUCUUCCCCUUCCCUCCAUUACCAGUCUCAAGCUAUGGAUCAAAGACCCAUGGCAAAGACCUGUUUGAUGAUUUUGAUUUGGCCUCGGAUAGCUAACCUCUUUGAGAUUCCCAAUUCAGGUCAGAGAUAAAUUAAGAUGAGUACAUAGAUGAGGUCAUGGACCUGGCUACUUACAAGAUACCUUGUUUAUCCUCUCUCAGAUGCUGGGACUUUGCUCUCUGUACUAUUAUUUGCCACCUCUUUGUCAGAGGAAGGACAAAAAACUUGAGAGGAAAGAUUGAGGGCUGUCAAUGGGAUCCCUGGUUCCCUCAAGUCCUAGGAGAAGGUAAAUUGCAGGCUAUGUCAAAGGUCCUAGUGGAGAAAGAAGAUGAAGAUGGGAAGGGAACAGGGGGAAGUCCUGUACAUGUCUAAGGUCCUGUUCAGAGAUCAGGGUAGGGACAUAUGUAUCCUCAUCAUUCUCCUCAGUCAAAACCAAGGUACCUUUCCUUGGUACUACUCAAGUAGGGGUGGAGGGGAGGCCAACCUCCUAGGGAGGUCUACUUGUCAGGGAGAAUAAAGGAAACCUGCCUUAUUCCUCA